CAUCGACAUCAGUGGCGGUCGAGCAAGUGGUGAGAGCAGUGGUGAAAUGCUUCUUAGUCGAAGUCUUUUCGUCUUUUCGUUAUCACAAGUGAUAAGAGCUAUGCUGGAAAAGUGGUUGUGUUUGCGGAGCGGUUUAGUGUCCAUGGUAAACGGCCUGCUUUUUUAUUUUUAUUACUAUUAUUAUUAUUAUUUUUUAUAAAUCAUAAUUAUUCUUAUCAAUGUUAAAGUUGUGAUUCACGUACGUUGACGUCAUGGUUUUACGAUAAGACGUUCAACAAGUGUCUUCCUUUUUAUCGGUGAUCAAAGUGUAAAGGAAAUAACUUACAAAUGCGUAUGUGCUUCCAGAAAAAUAAGAAAGUGGAGAGUCAUGUACAGGAGGAGCGGAAAGGAAACCAAAAGUAUUUUUACGAAGGAAAUAUCAACGAACAUUGAAAGACAGUUUUGUCGUCUGGGGAUCCAUCUCCUGAGAAGUAAUGGCAGAGACACAGUCUGGGAAAUUAUAACGAUCUCAUUACAUGACACUCCUCAAAUCUACCACUAAUACCAAUGUACUAGAAACAACAUUAAAGAAAAUAAUAGCAAAUCAACGAGAGAGAAGUAGGACGGUUGCGAGAGGCGAUAUGCAGAGAGCGUGACAGCCAGGACUAGACAGUGUCACAACGACGCUUUACUGAAGGCCACCAUGCUGCUGCUGGCUGCUGUUGCGGUGACUCUCAGCGCCUCGUCCGCCGCACUCGCCCCAGGAUGCCAAGUGACGGGCCGCGUGACGGUGCCGUGGGACUGGUCCGUGGUGGAGGGCGGGGCUUGGGUGCCUCACAACACCUCCCAGAAGUUCGCACAGCUUCAGGUGUCGUUUGGCGGUGACCCUGAAGCCUCCGACUUUAAGGACACCCUCAACCUUUUCACGGCCUCCGCCAUCCUGACGGAGGAACGGGAAUGGCGGCAGGACUACAAGGUGAAAUACGACGAGGUGGUGCCCGAGGGAUGGCUCUCGUUCAGGCUCGAGGUGGCACCCGACUACCGGCUGUACAGGAAGGCGAAAAAUGGCUCUCAAGUCCUGCUGUUUGAGAGAGCCCUGGCCCUUCCCGUGCGUGAGGUCGUUAUUUCUGGAAGCAACAUUACCCUCGGAUGUGACGGAGAUUGGUACGCCUGGCGCGUGGACGGCGGACGCGUUGUGGUGCCCUUGACGCCUGGAGGCAACCAGCUGGUGGCGGUCUAUUCCAAUCGCCGUUUUACGCCCACGCUCGUCCUAGGGGGUCGAAACGUCACGCUGACAGCGAAGCAGAAGGAGAACGCUCGCGGAUUGGACGACGGGAAGGCUUUGUCUCCUUACACAAGUCACGAGUUCUCCAUCGAAUGCUCUGCCGCAACGGCGGGGGUCAGGGAUGACGUAGUCUGCGGGGUCAAGAGGGACGGCGAAGUAUUCCAGCGGCUCGAGUUGCCAACCUUGCCGGGCACAGUGACACUCGAAGGCACAGGGCAGCCGCAGUAUUUCUUCCUGCAGCAGCCCAAGCCCCUCUUGGUGGUUCCUCCCCCUUCCACCCGACCAGUGUCCCCGCGGCCGCCACAUCCUGCCACGACGCCGACGACGCCGACGACGCCGACGACGGCGACGACGCCGACAACGCCGACGACGCCGAUGACAGUUGGGCCCGCCGUGGGCUGGAGUGGCUGGUGGGCGGCGCUGGCGGUCAUUCUCGCUAUCCUGCUUGGGUUCGUCGUCGUCAUGUGUGUGAUUUCUCACUAUCAUCGACCCAAGAUCCAGAAAUACUUCGAAGGGUUCAACCGUAUAGUUGACCUAGAAGAACCGGAGGACGUGGAGGGACAGCUGCUCAUGAACCAGGAACCGGAGGUGGAGCUCAGGAGACCAAAGCUGCUGAGGUCGACUUCAAUUGUGAACACGGAGGACCCUGACGCUGUGUUACCGCUGCGCCUGUGGAACGCUGUGGCAUCAGGUGAGCAAGAGGAGGUUGAGCAGGUCCUCGUGACCCUGGCGCCAGACCCCGAGAAGGCCCUCGAGGGCUGGACCACCUCGCCCUACGAGGAAGCGCACCACCGAGGACACUAUUACGUGCUGAGGACACUCGAGGAGUUCAUGGAGAAAGAGCCCGAAGUUCCUCAAAGCGACUUGAUUCUCAGUGUCAUGCAGACACACACCCGCAACGUUGAGGCAGUGUUCGAGGCGGCGCGCGGAGGCCAGUAUCGGUACGGGGGCGGCGUGGACGUCCUCUUGAGGGCACACAGCCUCCCGGGCACUCUGCAGGACCAGUUCGGAUAUUCCCUUCUCCACUACGCCGCCUCCGUCAAGCUGGCUGACGGAGGGCCCCUGUGGUUGGCGGCCGAUAUCAGGAGCCUCGUCGAGAGCCACCAUGUCUUUGUGAAUGCCGUCGAUUACAAGGGCCGCACCGCCCUCCACGCCCUCGCCGAAGCCGCCAGUGUGAGCGAGCGUAACACCUGCUGGGACGGCAAGGCGCUGAGCGUGAACCAGGCGUGGAUCAGUAUGGCGGCGCUGGUGCUAAGGCUCGGCUGCGACCCGCGUGUUCCCGACCGCCGCAACCACCACCCGGAUCAGCUGGCUAGGGCGGCGGGAAACCUUAUGCUGGCGGAGGAACUGGCCAAGGCCUCUCAGCGCUUGGGCGCCGUCAACUCGACGGAGAAGCUGAGUCAGUUUAAGGACCUAGCGAAGGCGGCCAAGUACGGCGACGUGCAUACCAUGCAGAGUUUGCUGAUGGAGGCCGUGCCCGUGCUGCCCCUCGGCGCCCGCGCCGACCCGCUCCUGGAGGCCGUGCAGGGAGGGCACAGAGACGCCGUGUUUCUCCUGUUCAGUGCCGGCGCCCCCCUAUGCGCGCAGGGCCUCGUAGGCAACACGCCCUUCGAGGUCGCGCACAGCACCAAGGGGCUGCCGGCGCUCUUCCCGGCGCUCGUCAGGAAGGCUUUCAGCGACAAACUGCAAGUAGAAAUAUCGCAGCUAGCGUGCACGGACAAAGACGAAGUCGACCUGAAGAAUGGCUUGGAUACUUUGAAGACCAUUGCCGAAAAUUCGGGCCACAGGCUAGAGGAAGAGCUGAGGACCUGGUUCCACAACAGCAGCUCUCUCAAUUACACAAAGCUGUUGGCGAAGGCGGCCGGCAUGGGACUCACCCUCACCUGUCAGUUGCUGGGCGUGGCAGGGGUGCGCCUCAACGCCCUUCCAGGAGAGGUUCCUCCCCUGGAGCUGGCCCUCAGCAGGCGCCACUACGACACCGCCUACGCUCUGUGUCGGGACCUGAGGAUGAACCCCUACGCCACGGAAUGCGAGGCGAGGGACGUUUCUCAGCGGCUCGUCAACGACCUCCUGGACAGCGAACUCAUGCGUUUCGAGAGGAAGCUGCAGAAAACUGGCAUUGACAAAAUGACUUCUGAAAACCUGAUGACGUAUGCGAGGAGUGUGAAGGAAAAGCAGCAACUCCGGGAACCAACAAAGAACUUCCUCUAUCUGCUGGCGGAACUGAGCCUUGUCACGAUCCUGCACCGGUUGCGGAAACAGUGCCCAAGUUUAUGUAUAGACACACUAGUGCACGAGGGAGUAGGAGCUACCAUGUUGCAUGUGGCUGCUGCAUACGGUAAGACGAACAUGGUUGAAUAUCUACUUUUCCAAGGGGCCAGUCAUACAAUAAGGACUUACGGUGGACUCACGCCCGUCCACUUUGCAGCCACACGAGGCUACAAGGAAUGCAUGGAAUACAUCAUAAAUUACACGGGUGAAGAACCGGACCUAAACCAUGGCCUGUGUCCGAACGAUGUUUUACAAGACUUUGCUGAAAACAUAAAGAACUGUCAUCUAGAUGUGCUGUCGAAGGAAGAAGCGACAGCGAUAGCAAGCGCGAAUGGGAAUCAUCUGAGGGCGAAGCUCAUGCUGGGGAAGAGGUGCGAGGUUCUAGGAAUAAGGAGUGUGCAAGACAUUCAGGAGAUUAUCGAAAAAGAACAGAAAAUAAUCGAAACCAUGAAUUUUUCGGAGAUCAAGAAUAUUAUUGAAAAAGAUGUGAAUGUCUUUUUAAAUGAGAUUACUCAAAUAGAUCCGCGUUUUUCGGGUAAACUUCUAUCGUUUUGCUCAACCAGUGAAAAGAACGAAUUUUUCUUGCCAGAUGAUUUUGAGUUCUAUAUUGAGCUUGAGGAUUACCACGCCCUCCAAGGGGGGUGCAUAACAGUUAUCGAUAAGGCUGGAAAGGAGGCCAAAGACGGUGAAGAAGUAUUCCACUUGACAUCCACUCGGGACGCAGACAUAUUUGAAUUUUCGAGAUUUAAAGAUUCCUUUUACAAAGCUGCCCAAGAAGCUCUCGGCAAGACAGCAUUCAAAAACCUAGCUUUAGUGCCACCGUUCUUCACGCAUUCAUUAGUAGGGGUUUCGCUGUUUGCUCUGUAUUUGGGCAAACCUCGAACCACUCUGGUGCGUGUGUCUGUUACCCCCGUCCUUAAAGUGCCGGUGCCCCACGAGCACCAAUGGCAGCAUCUGCCGGAGAGUGUGCAAAACCCUCAGAACGAAAAGGGCCACGAACACCUUGCUAACACAGCAGAAGGGACAUGGAUAUAUCUCUUUAAUUUUAUGCACGAACAUAUUAUAUCUUAUCUGAAGAAGGAAGAGCUGAUGGUCUUGCAAACUUGCGUGUUCUUCUGCAAGCUCCUUAAGGCCUACUGGUGGCUGCCAAAACGCGAGCAGCGACGCUAUGGUUGUGUGUGGCAGACAUCUCCUCUGGGCGUGGACGUGCCGAGCCCCCGGACUCUGAUCACCCUCUUCUUGGCGGAGCUAAUGGAGGAAGGAGAAGAGGUCCUGAGGAAGGAGGUCUUCGUCGAGAAGGUGAUCUCGGUCUUGCGGAGAGCACCCAAGCCAGAGAAAUUCUCAGGGUCCUUUAAGUCGUCACAGCGAAGACAUCCGAUCGUUGUUGGAGAAGUGCGUGCCAUAAUGCUCUUCUUGAAGGGCAUACAGUGAACACCCAGACACCAGGAACGUCACUUUGAUGAAAUACAGGCUCUGUGUUGUACGAACACUGUAAAGCCGAGUUUGUAGAAAAAAAAGGCUUACAAAGAUAAAGGCUGUGGAUUGUGGCUGUGGCAUUUUCAAGAGUGACAGCAGUUUUACCCGGCCAUUAGAUAUGACAAUUAUCACAUUCGUAUGCGUAAUGAGAGGACUGGAAGAGAACAUCAUUACAGUUGUUGUUUUUUUAUUAUGAAUCACACAAGGUGCACAACUACUCAAACCAGAAGUAAUCACAAAUUAUGUGCUCUAUCUUUUCUUUCAGAGAUGUCAAGCCCAUAUCCAUUCAUUUUAUUUUCUAGUCAUAAAUGAAUUGUCCAAUGCUCAAAUGAUUGUGCAAAUGCCAAAUAUAUAGCCACACUA